CAUCGCUAGGGCUUAUGGCGUUUUGGCAAUGUACAAAAAUUCCUCGUGCAGUAAUCUCUCAAAUCACGACAUUUGUCGUCACAUCUGAAUUUCAAAAUGAUGAAAUCGUGAAAAAAAAAGAGUUCAGAAAAUAUUUCUUCAAUUAUUUUUCACUAAUAUUUGUGAAAAUAGUUAAACAGCGGUUAUAAACAUUGUUGUGCUGAGACAGCAUAUUGGAUUCAAAAGUUAAUGAAAUCUCGUUAAACAGAACCGUAUUCAAAGGACUGAACCGAAGUCGAUAUAAUCAUCUUAUUUCAAUUAAUAAUGACGACGGAAUUUAACCUUUUUUGCGAAAUCUAAAGUCCAACUUCCCCCUUCGUUUGCCUGUAAAGUUUCACAUUGUUACAACCAGUUGACGACUAGGCUUCUGUCCGCCAUUGUUGGCCCAGUGGCUCGCCUCGGACGAUGUGAAUAUGUCGAGGCAGAAACGGAGAGGAAAACAUGCCAGCCCAUUUUAUGACGACGAAUAUGAUGCCAGAUCAUAUGCCCAUUUAGUUCCUACUCAGCAAGGCAAUUACAAGAAGAAAAAGAAGAAGUCACGGCACAAGCAGUCAAGAGAAAGGGAAGAGAAGAAAAGUGCACCUGUCCCAAAGCCAUCACUCGUAGCCUCGAGUUACGAUGAUAUUAGUUCGGAUUCUGAAGUUGAGUUAUCGAAACGAGCAGCAAGAUCUCCCGGUAGAGUUGGUCCUAGUCGAGUGUCCGAUAGAGAACGGUCCCGUGGGGGCCGUGCGGAAUCCCCAGCCACAGCAAUACGUGCAUACCUCAACGACAGGAGUCAGAGUAACUCUCCAGUUAUGAGGGAGGAAAGUCCUCCUUAUACGAGCUCUUCAGCUCGAAAAACAAAUAAAAGACCUAGGAACUAUUCCCCAGAAAAGGUGCGUGAAUCAUCGAGAAGCUACCGCGAGCCGAGUGUGAAGCACCAGGAGCACCCUAAAGCUUAUUCUGGGGACAUGCCCAAGGCAUUUAGUGGAGGGGGGGCAUAUAGUGGUGGUCGCGGUGGGGACUACAGCCCCAAGAACACAAGCAAGCGGUAUCGGUCACGAAGUCCCAGCCCAUACAGCAAUGCAAGAUAUGAUCGUCGGGAGAGAAGCCCCCCAAGGGAGUACAGUAAGAAACAACAUAGUCAUGAAAGUAAAGUUGGAGGACUUUCUAGAAAACACAAGUCGUCGAGACGGUCUCAGGAUCGGGGUCUCAGCCCACCAUCUCGGUAUUCCACCAAGAAACACAACAGUCGUUCUAAGGCAUACAGCAGUCAUUCCUACAGGAGGGACUCCGUCAGUCCCUCCCCUAGUCCAUCACGAAGUGGCUCUUCUUAUUCCAACAACAGAAACAAUCCACAAAUUGAAUAUGCCUCAAGCUUAGCCGCUGAGUUGAGUAAGCAUAAGCGAGCACGUGAAAAUAGACGGUCGCGUAAUGACAGGCCGAUGCCAUCAGAUGUGAAAGUGAAUCGUAGUGAGAGUCCAAUAGUCAUUCCGUCAUCUCCUCCGGAACAGAUGCCUAAAUCUAGACAUUCAAUAACGCCACCUCCAAAGAAGCCAGAACGAGCUUUAGGACAGAUAGAGGAAAACAUUGUGAUAAAAGUAGAGAAUAUUAAACGAGGUAGUGAGCAUAUUGAAGAGCGGCGUGUUGUGGAAGAGAGGAGGAGUGAUAGGCUGGAGAUGAGGUUAGAUGAGAGGAGUGUACGGAUGCCAAACCCGGAGGAGAACCGCCGCGCGUACCACCCAGGAUCACUUACAAGGCUCCCCAUGCCUCAGCUGUCUCCAGAAGACAGCGAGAGUGAGCGUGAGCGCAGUCGUAGUAGGAGUCCUUUCAGUGAGAGGAGGCUGACACCACCUCCCCCGCGUCCACGGGGCAUAUCAGAUCUCCCGAUGCCACCCGGUAUGGAUGAAAACUUCCAAGAUGAUGAUGCAGACAUGGACAUCGAGCAGGAGGAUGAUUCAAAACCUGAUGAUGCACCCGCGAAAUUUAAAAGGCCGAGGCUGUGUCUACAGCGGCGGACAGAUGACAGAAUCAAGGGAGAUUGGGGAGAGAGGAGCGUGGACCUCUUCAAGAUACUAGAGAUCAUUGGGGAGGGGACCUAUGGCCAAGUGUAUAAAGCCAAGGACAGAUUCACAGAUGACUUUGUGGCAUUGAAGAAAGUGCGUCUAGAGAAUGAGAAGGAAGGGUUUCCUAUCACAGCUGUCCGAGAAAUCAAGAUUCUGAGACAGCUGCAGCAUCCGAACAUUGUCAACUUAAAGGAGAUAGUGACAGACAAGCAAGAUGUUCUUGACUUCAAGAAAGAUAAAGGUGCCUUCUAUCUGGUGUUUGAAUAUAUGGACCAUGAUCUCAUGGGCCUGCUGGAGUCAGGCUUCGUCACCUUCAAAGAAGAAAAUAUAGCAUCAUUUAUGAAGCAACUUUUGUAUGGUUUAGAUUAUUGUCAUAGAAAGAAUUUUCUUCACAGAGAUAUAAAGUGUUCGAACAUUUUGCUGAAUAACAGAGGCCAGAUCAAGUUGGGAGAUCUGGGUCUGGCUCGCUACUACCAUGCCGACGACCGUGAUCGCCUCUACACAAACAAGGUGAUCACGUUGUGGUACCGCCCGCCGGAGUUGCUCCUAGGAGAGGAAAGAUAUGGUCCACCCGUUGAUGUUUGGAGUUUGGGGUGUAUCCUGGGUGAACUGUUCACACGUAAGCCGAUCUUCGCGGCAGUGCAGGAGUUUGCCCAGCUUGAGCUGAUCAGCAAGACAUGUGGCUCCCCAUGUCCCGCCAACUGGCCGGAUGUCAUCAAGUUGCCGCUCUUCCAUACAUUCAAGCCAAAGAGACAGUACCGGCGAAGGCUCAGGGAGGAGUUUUCCUUCAUCCCAAAGGCAGCUCUGGACCUGAUGGACCAUAUGUUGGAGCUGGACCCAUCGCGGCGCUGUACCGCGGAGCAGGGACUACAGUGUCCCUGGCUCAGAGACAUCAAUCCUGCUGCCAUACCCCCUCCAGACUUGCCAAGAGACCAGGAUUGCCACGAACUGUGGUGCAAGACAAGAAAGAAACAGUUACGAGAACAGCAGCGCAAGGAACAGGAACAAGGCGGACCCGUCUCCAAGAACAGCACACCCCAGCAACCACCGCGGCAGGAGAGAGGAGGAAGAGACACAAGUAGUUCCCAGAGAUCAGCAGAUUCAGGGCGAGGGGACCGACGCACAUCUGUCAGUGAUAGCAAGUCUACAAGUUUGUUUGGCAACAAUAGCUCAACCAAAGACCAACACAGUAUUCCCGGAUUGGAUGCGGCUGGUAAGGACAAAAACUCUGGCGCCGGGGACGCUCUGCCUGCCAUGGAGCGGCAGAGCUCUCUGGAGGCUAACAAAGUGAAUGCAGCCAAUCUGGCGCAACUGAUUCAGCUUGCACAAGGAGAAAUCAGUGUAUCACAGAUAGCAAAAAGCUUGAACAUUACUGUGGAUCAACAGACAUCUCAGCUGUUGGAUAAUCUGAAGCAACAGCUUCUCAUGGCCGCACCACCUCAGAGUAAACAGGGUUUGGGUGGUUCGAAUCCGAACUCCCAGGGGUAUGGUUCACAACCUGUUGACAUGUAUGACCAGGCAGGUGCAGGGCCUGGGGCUGCUUAUGGAAGUGGGUACAAUUCCGGUGGGGGCUCCUCUACAUUCGUGUCCCAGACCUCCGUCGAGGAGAAAACCUCUUCCGAUAAGAAUGCAGGGGUAAAGGCAGCACUAGCUCAACUUCUUGCCGAACAGGGAAUAGGGGUGGUGGCUGGGUCGAAGGUGAUGGGGGGUAGUGAUUCUGACAGUAGUGGUGGGGCAGGGGGUUACAGGUCGGUCAAGAGCUCAUUUGGGGCUUCGGAGUCCGGGCAUGGGUACAGCAGCCAGGGCUAUGGCUAUAAUGUUCCCAAGUCGACAGCGCCAGGAAUGACAACAGACACUCAUAAGACUGAUGCCCAGGGCAGGAGCACGAUGGCGGCCGUCACAAGCACGACCAUGUCUACAGGUGGGCCCCCCAUUCACAAACAGUACAGCUACGGGUCGGAUGAUUCAAAGGGAAGUGCAACAAGUGAAAGUUAUGGCUACGGAUCACAAGGCCCUCCUCCCACUCAGCAGGGGAUGGAUGGUACCGGGAGUUCGAUCAAGGCGAAAGUUCAAGGUUACUUUGACCAGUACAAGGCACCGCCCCCAGGAAUCCCCCCGCCAGGUAGUGGCAUGCCCCUUCCUCCUCCAGGCUUCAGUCGAAGUGGGUACUCCGUCCCCCCUCCCGGACAGAGCGUCCGUCACUCUAACCAAGGUGCUGGAAACAUGCAAUCAGGGCCUGCACCGAUGAUGCAAAACUACCCAGGGCCCCAGGGACAGUAUAAUCCUGGUCAGAGCGGCUGGAGAUAGUACAGACGACCCCGCCACAACUGUUAUUCCAUGGCAAGGCAACUGGAGUUGAUUGUCAAUGUUUUGGGGGUCAUCUUUUGUUAGAUGAAUAUUGAGUAUUAUGAUUCUUAACUUAAGAAUAAGUCAGGGAAUGGUUGCUUGAGAUGAGUUAAUUUUUGAGGAUAUAUGUUCAGUCUGAUGACAGUACCAUGAUUUGUACAUAUGAGAUUUUUACUGUUUACAUGGUUUAGGUAUAUGUUGAUACUCUGCUCAUAGCCAGCGUCCCAACAGUCUCUGGCUGUCUUUGAUGAAAAGGCUGCAAGGCCAUUACUGUCACUGCAUCUCAAAUCAUUUUGUGCAAAUAAUUCAGAAUUAGGUUUGUCCUCAUUCUGAUGUCACUGAUCUGUACACAUCAGGAAGAAUAACACACCUGCAGUUUAUACAACUAUGAACGAAUCCCAUUGACUGCAGACACUUUUUUUGUGAACAAUUAGUCCUGCGACAUAGGACCGUGUUUACUGUGUCAUUGAUGAUGGUCUUUUUCAUGCUGUCGGUCGAUGACAUGCGUUCAGCUGUCAAGCAUAUUCAACAGUUGAUCUACACGUUUAUGUGAAGGAAAAUAUUUCUCAAAGUUCUUCAUACAAGAGACACAAUCUGUAAAAUGACCAUUAUAUUUUGCUGGUUGUUUGGCUCGGUCUGACAUGUCUUAGGUUUGCAGACCUAGUACAGACAUUCGUGCCAAGAAUUAAUCAAUGAACAGUUCACCAUGCUUUGAUCACGAAAUGAAAAGUGUUUUACAGAGGUUGAAUGUACAUUUGUUGGACAUGUACAUGAGUUGUCCUGCAUUGCUUCAAGUGCUGCAGUCUCUUCUCCUGUACCAUGGUUCCAGAUCAGUAAAAAAGCGACAACCUUGAGUAAGUUUUUCCAGAUAUUUGGCUUAGUUUCAUAAGCCACUAGUCUGAAAUGAGUUGUAAACUUGUUGGGCUCAACACUCGGUGUUGAUCCUGUAUCAAACCUGUUCUCUAUCGAAAGAAUGUAUGUGAUAUGACUUGGGUAUCAUUUGCUACCCUUCAAUUUUCUCUGAUCAUUAAUGUCGGUGGUGAAAUUGCACUGACAUAUAAACAAUUAUGUAUCUUUUAUGUAGUGUUACAGCUUUGUUUCUUACUUUGCUCCGAGUUAUGUUGAAGCACUAAGAUACACUCCCAUGGAGGCAAUAGUCACUUCGGUCCUCUUCCAUCAUAGAAUUUACUUAGUGUUUGAAAUUAAGCAUGAAAGUAAUGGGUCCUUAUAUGACGCUUAUUAUAAUAAUUGAUUACUGGGGUCACUAGAACCAAUACUACAGUACUACACAUCAAGGAACCCAGAGCCCCUCUUAAUUUUCUGACAGUGCAAAGAAGUUGUAAUUCAGACAACCUGUUGAGAUUGAAAUGGAUCAAAUUUGACAGAAGCGUGAUUCAUCUAUAAUGAAGAGAUUGUUUCAAUUCAAAAAUGAUUAUUUCAUGGGAAGUUUCUUGUAUGUUUAUGAUGAGCUGAAUCUUAUUGGUACGUCUGCUACAUAAUCAAAGAAUAAUGAGUUCCUGAUAACAAGUUUUUUAGAUUCAGCUCUGUUUGAAUGGUGCGCUCUUCAUUUUCAUGGGCUUUUCUUGUGCAUUGUACAUUCAAACCUCCAGUUUCAAAUAUUUAGACAAAAAAUAAUCAAAUUAAGAGUAUAAUUGAAUUAUUUGGACAAGCCUUGAAAGUUCAUCUAAGCAAUAGAUCAUGUUGGUAAACACUUGAUGUGAUAUGGAAAUGGUUAGUUUUAUGUCUUUUAUAAAUUGUGUUGGCUGCUUUGAGUAUUCAUUUCAGUAAGACUCGCUCUGUUCGCUGUCAGUUUGCCAUGCUUUGGUGAACGAUGUCACGUGAUUGGUGUCUGUCAAUUAUUACUCGGUGACAUUGUACUAUUAAGCAAUUGAAUAAAAACAUACUUGUCA